AUGGCAUAUCCCUCACGGAAUACCGAGAGCUGGCAGACGUCUCGUGCUAGCCGCUCGCCUCAGGGCAGUGCCACUGGCACGUUCAUCGCCCAUGACCCACCUCGGUCCAUACGUCCAUCUUCUAGACGACAAACCCCUGACGCCGUCACUGAAGUGGAGGAGGACUCUUGGAACCUGAUCCCUUACGUUCCGAACGUCGCUGGUGGCACCUCAGCCAGCACGAGUCCGUCUGGAGGGUUGUUUCUCCGCUCGCCCACCCCGCUCAAGUAUCAGAGAGCCAUUCAGGCUUGCGAUCAGUGCCGCGAGCGCAAGGCUAAGUGCACGGGCUUUCAACCAACCUGCGGCCGUUGCGAGUCCAGGGGUUUACUCUGUACUUAUUCUCCCUCAGAGCCUAAACGCAAGGGCGUGGCCCUUGCUCGAACUCGCGGACGGGAGAGCCCUCACAGAGCGACGUCUUCGGAGGCGACCGCCCAACCAGACAUCAGCAUAGGACGCUACGGAUCUCCCGAAACGGCCAUGUAUGCAUCUGCGGAACAGUCUGAUAAUUCGUACACGGAGUUUGGUCACUCCUCUGCGGGGCAAUAUUCGAGCAUGCAACCUUCUGGUUAUGCCAUGAGGGAUCACACUCGCGGGGCCGGAGGUCCUCAGUACCCUGUAGGCGUUCAGUCGCCUGUCCGCGGGGCGCAGAUGCCGUCUUACUCAACCUCCCCUCCUUUAUCCUCGGCCAACAUACCUGGUUUGAACUAUGCAGGGACAUACUCAGCGGUGUUCAAUACCACAUCUGUUCCUCCUACACACCAGCAAUUCGUAUCAUCUCCGUUGCCGGGUGGGAUAGUAGAAAGCCCAAGCGACCAGCCAACUCCAAUGCUGCAUAUGCCAUCCGAUACCGUACCAGUGAAUGUCCCCGAGGCGCGAUCAUCGUCAACUCGGGCACCGACUGCGACAGCUUACUACGGGUACUACUCCCAUGACCCAACUCGGCCUGCGUAAUACGAGAUUCC